AUGAACGUUAUUCUCAUCUUUUGAAAAGACAACUUUAAAAAAUUUUAUGAUAGCUAAUCUAAAGACAGUGAGUUCGUUAUGGAUGGGGGAAGGGUGAAUACGAGGAUAAGACUGCCUAAGCUAAUUAAGAAAUGGUCAAGACCAGAUAUUAAGUUAAAUUGAGGAUGGGGCCUUAGAAGACUCAAGGUAGGAGUCAGUGUCGGUAAGAAAGGAAUAAUCAAUUUGUAUUCCACCUAUGAAACAACACGUCUGUGCGACGGUAACGCCGAUCUCUGCCAACUGCCAGCAACCUUUUGGAAUGAAAAUUUGCCCUGUGUUUUGUGUACUGCUUGACUCAAUCAUGCAGCACAAAACUGCCUUUGCAUUUCCAUGUCAAUUCAACAAGGCAUUGACACCCACCCUCUUAGAUUUUCUUCAUUUUCAUUUUGCAAAUAAAUCUUCUUUAGAAAUAAAGUUUCCCGAAAUUUCACGUCAAUAUCUUUUAUAUUGGCUGAAAUAUCGCAAUUUCAAAUUUAAUAAUUUUUUAGGUAAAACCACUGAUUGGCGGCCAUUUUGAAUUUUGUAAAGAAUCAAACAAUAUUUUAUCUUUCUAAUUUUUUUGGUAUUUUUUGCAAUAUCAUUCUGAAAAUGUACAUCCCACCAUUUUCAUAUCUGCAGAAUACAAAAAUAAUGCUAAAAUCUUUGCAGAGCUAUUUCUUUCACAGUUAUUGCAUUUUUAAAAUAAGAAAACCUGUUAUUGCCAGUUGCGGCGAAAUGCCAUACAACCGCUAUAUAACUGAAGAAAUCCUAAUGUGAGACAAGUCUGAUCUUGAUGAAAUUUUGCAGGCUUGAUGCCUGUACAUUAAGAUUUACCAGGGUGAAAUAUGAAGUUUGAGAAUCAUUGGGAGGCAUAGUUACAGACUGAUAACAACAAGGGUAGAAACCGGAGAGAAUAUCACUGUGGUACUCGAAUUCAUGGAUGGAUGAUGUUUCAACAAAACAAGAUACCAACUAACUUGGACAAGAAGUCAAUUUUUUACCAAAUAUGCAAGUCUUGAUAGGUUUGCCUUAACAUUUACAGAGUUAAGUUACACACUAAACCCUUCUUUUAAAGUUCAUUGGCAAUUAUUUAGGUGUCUUUCUUUUCAAUUACGUAUUGGGGACCUACACUUGUUGAUGGAGGAUCCACAUUAUAUACAAUGAUUAUGCAGACAGGUCAUUUGUUAAUUUAAGAGGAAAGCAUUAGGACAUAGGUGGUCUUUUGAGCAGAAAUGUAAACACAUUAAAUUUAUAAUUAGGUAGACAUCACUUAACACCCAUUUGGGAAGUUUUGACAACUCAUUAUAUGUUGCAAUAUUGACCAUAUAGCCUUAAUUUUUCCUCCUAUAGCUAUGUUGACAACUUUGAAAUUGAUUUAUGGAUCUUUGAAAAUAUAAAUCCAGGUCAUAGGGGCUUUGAGUUUAGGUUUGUUGCAGGAGAGCUGAAAGAAUGGCAAUGUGUGAGAGUUUAGAAAACUGCUCUUUUGGAAGUCACCUUUCAGAAAGAUGUAAUUUGCCGAUGUAUACAAGGAAAGUUGGAUUUAAAAUGGUUGAUUCACUUGAAGUCGGCGAGAAAAAGUUAUUGUCCCUGAGAUCUGGGAUUGUUGAAUUGACAGACAAGACCACAUGUUUUCAUCACAAACAAACAUAUUUAGCCAGGUAUAGUCAUUUUCAGAAGAAAUGCUGUGAUCCAUUUGCCAGACAUAAGAAACCUUUGAAGUCUGGGUUGAGGGAAAUAACUCUAGAUGCUUCAACUGAUGCUCAACUCCUUGGAAUCAGUUUAGUCCCUGGACAGAAGCUUUGCCCAACAUGUCAUACAGAGCUCACAAAGCAAACUAAAGAUUGUUGUGAACAAACUGCUCAGAUGCCAGAUAUAGAAGAAAAUGAUGAUGGUGAUGUAGAGUUUGAUUUUUCCAAAGACAGAACAAGAGAAAGCUUAGAUUCAAGCUUGAUUGAUAUGGAUGUGAGUCCCAUGAAACUGCAUGCUGUAGCUUCACACUCAAAGGUUGCAUAUGGAAAGAGAAAGCUGAGACAAGUGAAUGAAAAAAUGAAGGAGAAGGAAUCUUGUUUGCAAAAAGGAAUCGCAGAAGUGGUCAAUGUAACACUGGAAGAUUUAAGAGCAAAGAAGGUCAAGGAACAUCACAAUUUGGAAGAGCUGAAACAGAAGGCUGAUUAUCUUGAUGUUCUUGUCCAGCUGAUGAAAGAGAAAAUGAAAGUCUCAGACAGGCGAAGAAAAAUCCAGAUACUGACUAUGGUACCCCGCUCUUGGUCUAUCCAGAAAACAAAAGAUGAAUUCCAGGUUUCAGAAUACAUUGUAAGGCAGGCUAGAAAGCUUGCCCACGAAAAAGGUAUACUAGAAGUGCCUUUUCCCAAUCUUGGCAAACCAAUAAGUGAUUACGUUAAAGAAACUGUGUUGAAUUUUUAUCAGGAUGAUGAGUUCAGCAGACAAAUGUCUGGCAAGAAAGACUGCGUAAGCAUUGGGAAAAACAUCCUUCAGCAAAAAAGGCUGCUGCUGUGUAAUUUAAGUGAGCUCUAUUCUGCCUUCAAGAAACAGCAUCAAGAAAUAAAAAUGAACUUUUCAAAAUUUUGCAGUCUGCGACCAAAAUGGUGCAUCUUAGUUGGGCGCUCAGGAACCCACUCUGUUUGUGUCUGUGCAAUACAUCAAAAUGUUUCAUUGAUGCUGAAUGGAGUUAACUUGGAAAAGGAAUAUCAUAAACUGGCGAGCUUGCUUGUUUGUGAUACAAACUCAAAGGAAUGCCUGAUUCACAGAUGUCCUAAUUGCCCAGACACUUCAAAUCUAACCACAUCCCUCACAAAUUUACUUAUUGAUAUAAAAAAAAUAUAUCUUGCAACCUUAAAAAAGUUUAUUAUUUUAGCGAUGGGUGUGCAGGACAAUAUAAAAAUUGCAAAAACUUUUCAAAUAUUUGCAUGCAUCAAGAAGACUUUUCAGUGGAUUGUGAAUGCCACAAGCCAUGGGAAGUCCCCUUGUGACGGUAUCGGUGGGACAAUGAAAAGAUUAGCAACAAGGGCCAGUCUCCAAAGGCCUUUUUCUAACCAGAUUCUGACAGCACAACAUUUGUAUGAGUUUUGUGAUCAAGAGUGAAGUCCGUUUAAAGCUGAGAAAACGAUCAGAAAGUGCCACUACUUUGUCUGGAGCCAGAGGAUUUCAUCAUUUUGCCCCAGUGUCAUCAACAGUAAUAGCAGCAAAGAGAGUUUCAGAGGACACAGAGUUGGAU